CUCGGCUGCUCUUCACUUUUACUGUUUACAUGAAAACAAAAAGAAUGAAUAACUAAAAAUGUGGGAAGCUGCUUUAGACGAAGUUGCAGUUUUAUCGUCUAUUUACUGCGGAGAAGAAGAAUUCCGUCUCAUCACAAAUUCUGCCCAAGAUGGACUUUUGAUCCAAAUCAAGAGCAGUGUUGGAGGGGACAAAGGUGCCGAUGUGAGUCUGCUGUUCCAUCUGCACCCUCGCUACCCAUCAAGCCCCCCUGACAUCUCCGUCUCCUCCACCGCGCUUUCUAGGAACCAGUGUCACAACAUCCGACACAAACUGCUGGAACAUGCCGCUACACUCCCGCCUGAGGCAAUGGUUCAUCAACUGGUUCUGUUCUUACAGCAGUGUGUGGAGACAACAGAGGAGCACAGAGGAGUUGAGGAGGAGAGGAGGGAGGACAGCAGCAGGCAGGAGUGGACUACAGUGCUGACACUGGACCACAUUCGCUCCAGAAAUCGCUACAUCGGCCUGCUGGAGCGCUGGAGCCAGCAGCUUUGUCUGGCUGGCCGGUUGUUCCUGGGCCGCCCCAUAGUACUCAUUCUGCAUGGAGACCAACCAGAUGUCAAGGAGUUCUGUCGCCUGCUGAAGACAGUGAAGGUGGAUGUUGACUCUUCAGGCAGAAAGUGCAAAGAGAGGAUGAUGAAGAUCAUCAGUGAAAGUCCCUCAUCGUCCGCCAAUCUUCAUCGUCUUCAAGGCUUUGUCACAAAAGACUUCAGCUCAGUAUCAGAGCUGAGUGCAGCCUUCCAGGAAAUCGGCCUGACUGAGAUUUACCAGCAGAUACUCUCAUCGCCACACAGCUGACUGGGCGGCAGCGCGUGAUGGGUGUUACUAUGGUAGCUGAAGACAAACAAAGCAGUUCCUCGGUAAGACACAAACCGAGUGAGCAGAGUUUAUCUGCACAAACCUUUGCAAGAGCUUACUGUGCCAGGAUGACAGACAGGGGGCGCUGUAGCAUUUACACUGUGCAUCUCUGAUUGAACAGUGAGUUACAAACUCAGAGUAAAUCUUUAAAGAAAACACAGUCCUUUGUUGCAUACUGAUGUGUGUGUGUCAUGGGGAACAAUGACCCAAAACAGUAAUGUGACAUUUGGACCAGCCAGAAAGAUAAACUGGUGUAACUGAUUAAAGAUCUGUCAGCUUAGAAACUGUGUACAAACAACAAAUAAACUUGAAUUGUGACUUUUUGUGCUGAUGCUUUUAUAACUUUUAAUGUAUACAUGACCGUAAUUUCCAGACUAUUAGUGCACCUGAAUAUAAGCCGCACCCACCAAUUUUAAAUAGAAAAAAGAAAUUGUACAUAAAUAGGCCACACUUGUCUAUAAGACGCAGAUCUUCAUGUUGUAACGUGAGAUAUUUACACAGAAAGAUGUUAGAAAGGUUUUUUAACUUGUAAUUAAAUACGCCAACAAAAUUUUGAAAUGUUUAAAAUCCCUGGCAGGCAUUCAUUUUGUGAACUAGACGUGAACAUUGUGCAAUCUAUUUGAAAACGCUGUGUGCCACUGUGAGUCAGUGCGUCUCUUUGCUGCACUGCAGCGCAUCUAAACAGUUAUGCCAUCUAUAAUAAACAUGAUUUUACAGUACAUUAUCUAACUCAUAAGAAUGAAUGAAAAUGCAACUGUUAUACCAAGCCAUUACAAUAUAAAUAUUAUAAAUAAUUACCAUUGAAAGAUUCCAAAUGCUUUCUGCCCCUCAUGACGCACUGGAGAAAUGCUGCAUAUAACUCCUCUGUGAUUCCAGGAGAGAUUGGAGAUGGUUUUAUCAGCCAAGUUCUGAGCGCAAAUGAUUAAUCCGUGAUGAACUACUUAUAAUACGUGGCGUCCAGCGGCACAAAGCGCAGCAUCCUUCGUAACAAAGCGGAUCACACUGGCACAAUGAAUUGCACAGCAGUGCAGACGUUAAAUGCGUGCAAGUGUAAUGUUGCAGAGGAAAGCACGGGCCAUCUGCAAGGACAACAGCCACCCGAGACAGUCCCUGUCUGCACCUCUGCCGUUGGGGAAGAGGAACUGCAGUAUAAGGAUAUAGAUUAAUAGGCUAAGGAACAGCUUUAACCCCACAGCUACAGUCUCUAUCACCCCAGCCCAUCCUGUCCUCCUCCCACAAACACAGACAUUCAGUAACGGAUAUCAACAUGUGCAAUAAAUACAGUAGUGUUCAGAAUAAUAGUAGUGCUAUGUGACUAA